AUGGCAUCCAUUAACGUCAGUUGUGUUCCUAGAAACCCAGACUUGUUGUGGUUACAAGCUCCAAAUGAGCAUCGCUCAUACAACAUCUCCCAUGACCGUAAUGUGACAGUGUCACGUUGCAGAAAAGGUGAUGGCGGGCUGGCUAAAGUGAUGAAGUCAGGUAUGCCCGAGGCAAUUCUUGUCCAUGUCAGGAGUGCUGGGUUUUUCCAACUAUUCCUGGCGUGUAUUUGCCAACUUGAUCAUUCUUUGAUCAAUGCGUUGGUGGAGAGGUGGCGUCCGAAAACCAACACGUUUCACCUUCCUGUUGGUGAAGCCACUGUCACCUUGCAAGAUGUGCUAGUGAUAUGGGGUUUACCCAUACAGGGACCAGCGGUGACUGGUGUAUGGGUCAUCGUCUUGUACUGUUCACCUGACACAUUCUGA